AUGUUCCCAGUGCUUGCGCUAGCUCUACUCACCGUGUUGAGUGGGCUUUGGUUUCAUCGUCGUCCGACAGUUGUCGAAGAUGUUCACCGACUACCUGGACCGUCUUCAAGUAUUGCUAGUUGGAUUUGGGGCCACGAACUGCUUGUCUUCCGCCAUGCCGCAACUCAAAUGUAUACCAUAUGGGCGCGUUCGUUUGGGGGUCUCUUCAAGAUUUCGGGUGCACUGUUCCAUCCCGAUAUCAUUAUCGCUACAGACCAUGCUGCGGUACAUCACGUAUUCACGAACAGCGACAUUUAUGUCAAAUCGCCUGCAUUCCGCCCACCAAUCGACAAUUUGAUAGGCAAGGGCCUUGUCUGGAGCGAGGGAGAAGACUGGCGGCGUCAGAGGAAAGUUCUUGCUCCUGCUUUUUCGACAGAAUCUGUGAAAGAGAUGACAUACGCCAUAUACGAGUCCGCCGAACGACUUGAAACUCGCCUGAAUAACUUGCUUCUCGAUUUCAAGGGUGAAUCCAGUGUCAACAUCAUCCACUAUAUCAGUGCAUGUACUCUUGACAUCAUUGGGGCCGUAGGGCUUUCACACUCGUUCGUUGCACAAUCAGCUCAUCCAGGCUCCGAUGCCGCGCUCAUAAGCGCCUCUUGGACUGAGCACGUGAACAAUGGACUUCAAUGGCUUGGGUUUCUCGCUCCUCUCGUUGUCCGUGCAGUACCUAUCGUGACGAAGGCGCCCCUUCCGUUGAUGCAGAGCCAAGGCGUCAUUAAAACCAUCGUCACACGUAUCGGUCGUCAGAUCCUCGAUCGAGAGCAAGCCACACUCAAUGCCGUCGCACGCAAUCAAGAGAAUACCACAGUAGAGAGCGGCAAGAAGGAUAUUAUCAAUAUGUUGCUGCGAAACAGACAGUCUGCAAAUCCGUCAGAGAGGCUCACAGACUCCCAAAUUUUGGACAAUAUUUCGACUUUCACCAUGGUUGGUCAUGAGACCACCGCAGGCAGUAUUGCCUUUACUCUUUGGGAGCUCGCCCGUAAUCCUGAAUACCAGGACCGCCUUCGCGCUGAAAUCUUGGCACACCCUCGAGACAUGUCCUACGACGAGAUCCAAAAACUUGAAUACCUUGAUGCCGUUGUCAAAGAAGGCCUUCGCAUGCACCCAGCUUCGCCUCAAACUGAACGCUUAGCGCUUGAAGAUGACAUUAUACCACUUUCUACUCCAAUACCGGGAAUUGGCGAUACCUUCAGGGUUCAGAAGGGCCAGGUGAUACAUGUCCCGUUUACGACCAUGAACACCAAUCCAGCGGUGUGGGGGUCUACUGGUCCUAUAUUCGAUCCCUCGCGGUGGCUUGAGACACGCGAUACUUCUGCGCCUCCCCUCCCCCAUGGGUGGAGUGGUCUUUUAACUUUUUGUGACGGCCCAAGAAAUUGUGUUGGGUGGAGAUUAGCGGUGCUCGAAUUCAAGAUCAUUGUUGCAACACUAAUCCGGUCUUUUGUUUUGCUCGAUACUGGGGCCCACGUCGAAGAAAAGAUCUCACCGACGCUGCAACCUGUUGUCGAUGGUCGCGGAGGGCACUUACCCUUGAAAUUGAAGCAUGCGUGA